AUGCGACAAUCUAUCCAUUGCGUCAUCCCACCCCUUUCCAGUCCAGCUUCACCUUUCCCAGCAGGAAAUGGCGCGCGUCUUCUCGCACGUCUGUCUACACGGUCCUCUGGAUACGCUGAACCUCUUCUGCUGAACCAGUCUCGCCUCCUGCAUCCUCGAUCACCACCCGAGCGUGUGCCCAACCUCGCACGGUCGCAGAAAGCUACCCUCUUCCCCACAAACCCACGACUGCAACCAACUACUUCGUCCCUGACAGCGUCAUCACCCUUUUCAAUCUCGUCUGUCGCCAUGUCCUCUGACGACGCUUACAUGUCCUUUCUGAACAAGGCCAACGCCGACCUCGAUGCCGGCCGCGCGCCGCAGCAAGGAGGUGGCACUGUGCGGACCGAGACCGUGCAUGCCUCGGUGUCAAUCCCCGCGCCACUCCAGUCCGUCGAUGCAUACUAUGUCUCCGAGACGGAUGAGCCGUUCGAGCCUGUCGCACUGCGGUGGGAGGGCGCGACGCGGGGUACAUGGCCCAGUGCCGAUCAACUCUCCGCCCUGAUUUCCCCCGACGCCGACCUCACCCAGGGCAUCUCGACCUUAUCCCCGUCCUCCUUCGAUCCGAAGAAUCAGUAUGCCUCCGCCCUGCAUGCCGUGCGGGCCGCAGCCGUCGAGCAGGCCGCGGAUUCCGAUCCGUCCGGCGUGGAUGUCAAGGUGUAUCGGGUGGAACUCACUAGCACCAAGCUCGAGUACUGGGUGCUAGCCCUGGCUGCACCGGAAGGGCGGCUCGUCGGACUGCGGGCCAAGGCGGUUGAGACGUAG